AUGUUUGCUCACUUGGUCACUGCUGCCAAGGGUCUAUUUACGCGACAGCCCGAAGAACAAGAGUCCCACUCCCCUGGCACCUCUGCCACCAAUUCCAAGAUGGUCACAGCUACUCGACGAGGAAAUGUUGCGCCUGAAGCUGCGAGUGGAAAGCGCAAGGCGCAGUCAGCAAAUGCUAGCAAGACCGAAGACCAGCAGACUAAGCGGAGAAGAAGAAGCGAUCCUAAGGCUACUGGAACCGAUCAAGAUGCUACGAAACAUACCCCAGCAGAGAAAUCCAGCGUAAAUGGGGAGAAAGCACCUGUGAACAAGAAGAUCCGAUUCGGUAGCGAAGAACCUGAACCACUCGAAACACAGCCGGAAGAAACUUCGGAAACACCAAUCCAGGAUGAGGACGACGAAGAUGAUAGUGACGACGAUGCGCCAGAGACCAUUGACAACUCUGCCCAGCAAUUGAAAAUGAAGGAGCAGGCCAAGAAGCAAGAAGUAGCCAAGCAAUUAGAAGAGCAACUGAAGAGAGAGAAGCGACGGAAACUCGAUGAGCGUCGCAAGUUGCAAGCCAAAUCCAUUGUUAAGCCCAAGGAGGCUCCAACUGAUGAUAUGCUUUCCGAAAGCACGGCUACUCUCCAAGGCACAACUACCCAAGAUGCACGACGAGCCGCUCUUCCUGCUUUGCUUCCCGAUGACAUUUUGAAUGCCGAGUUCUCCAUUCGCCCUCCCACACCCCCUGCUGAAGAUGAAUUCGCCAUGCCAAAGAAGUCAAAUAAGUUGCGAUUCCUGGAUAAGCAGGACAAGCUUCCUAAGGAUAUCAACAUGGGGGAUGUCUCUAUCCGGGUGCUGGAUGCGCCGUCCACAAAGAAGUCCUCAAAGCCCGCGCUGGCCCCUAAAAUUUCCAAGGCUGGACGGAACCUCAAGGGUAGCAUGCGUCAGAAGACCCGUACCAUAGCACAUGGCAAUGGACUCCGACAGAAGGCCGCCGGUCCUUCUGGAUUUGUUCGCCGGUGA